AUGGUUUUGAAUGAAACGGUCAACUGGCCGGUGUUUACGCACUUCGCUUUUUGACGGUCUUCGUCGUCGUCGUCGUCAACAAAUGUAGGAAAGAAAGCCGAAACGGGCUAGCCGAAUUCUUAACCGAAUUGAGCUUUGAUUUUCCAGCGGAAGAGCUUUGGUCGCGUCUGAGACUAUGUUUCAACUGCCCUUCUUGGAGAGCUAAAACUACGUGAUUUUUGACUGGAUGAACUAUUCGACUCGCGGUCACCGAACUUGAUGGUGGAAGAAGAUUGGAAUUAAACGAUUAGUUAUUUUUGGCUGUGAGCGAUGGUGUUGGCUUGUAAAGAAAUCUGCUAAGUGAAGAAGGUUAUUGGUGUUUGCAAACAACGUGGAACAUAAUUACAUAUUUACAUUUUGGGAACGACGCCUAUGUGUUGUGUUAGGUGUUUCUGAGUUCAUUGUUAUUGGUUGUUAUUUCAAAUCACGUGAAAAAAAUUGUGCAUGCAGAUUAGAUUAACGAUAUCUUAUAUCAGCUGAAGAAUAUUGUGAUUAAUUGAUUGAGCAAAAAUACCUCAAUCACAAAAGUAGUGCAUAUUGAGCAAUAUUACGCAAAUCCCUACAUAUUGAACAAUACCACGUUCAAAAUCAGCUGUGGAAAAGUGGAACACCGGCUCCAAACCGAAGGUAGCAGUGAAUGCGUGAAUGCAAGACAAAUUCAAAUAAUUGCGCGAACGCCCAAAAGCUGCUCGCCGAGGAAGGAAAGUAAGCUACAGUAUUUAUCGACGUACAAAGCGUUAUUUUCAUCACCGUUGAGUAUUCACUAUGGAUACGCACCAAAAACCGAGUCCCGUUGAAUUGGACGAAACCCAUCUGUUUGGCAUGGUACCGGAGGUGUUGAGCGAUGAGAACGAACCAUCUCUGGCAUCUACGCUACGAUUGCCAUUACUGGAUUCAAAACUCAGUCUUCGAUCGUUCUCGCCAGAAGACAUCGAUAAAAGCUCCGGCAUAAGCAGCACCGUGAGCAGCAUUGCAACGAUCGAUAACGUGCAACAGGGGACUAAUGACAAAACGAAUACGGAUGGCGAAUUAUUCGUGCCAGUUCGAAGCCCAGUCACGGAAAGGGAAGGUGAUGGAAGUAAUCCGAGCGAGAGUCUCCAAACGGUUGUUAUUGACAUUGAAAAUGGAGAAGUAAACAAGAAAAAAGACGAGAUGAGCUAUGCAGAUGUGGUGCAACAGCUUCAUACGACCUUCGCAAGUGGAAAGACGCGAGAUGUCGAUUUCAGGGAGCAGCAGCUUAAAAACUUACUGCGCAUGUAUGAAGAGAACUCAGCGGAAAUGGUAAACGUGCUCGCGGCCGAUUUGCGAAAACACAAACAGGAAGCGCACGUCUUGGAGAUCGACUUUCUCAUCAAUGACAUACGGAACACCAUUUUCAAUUUCCGAGAAUGGGUUAAGCCGGAGAAGCCGGAGAAAACCAUGGUCAACAUAAUGGACGGAGUGUACAUCUACAAGGAUCCGUACGGAGUAGUUCUGGUGAUAGGAGCCUGGAACUAUCCCCUGCAGUUGACUUUGGUUCCGGUGGCAGCCGCCAUUGCCGCCGGAAACUGCGUUCUCAUCAAGCCAAGUGAAGUAGCGGGAGCAACAUCCAAGUUCAUAGCCGAGACCAUCCCCAAAUAUCUAGAUUCGGAAUGCUACCGCGUGGUAGAGGGCGGCGCAAAAGAAACAUCAGAAAUAUUGCGGCAGAAGUUUGACUACGUUUUCUACACCGGAUCCGGCCGAGUUGGGCGAAUCGUUCAUCAAGCUUGCAACGAAAAUCUCACACCAUGUACUCUAGAACUAGGUGGCAAGAGUCCUUGCUACAUCGACAGCACAGCAGACAUUCCCAUUGCGACGAAACGAAUCCUGUGGGGCAAAUUCAUCAAUGCUGGUCAGACUUGCAUUGCGCCAGAUUAUUUGCUAUGCUCGAAGCAGGUCCAGAAGCAGUUCUUGGAGGAAGCAAAGAAAAUUCUGAAAGAAUGGUACGGCAACGACCCGAAAGACAGUCCCGAUCUGUGCCGAAUCAUCAAUCAGCAGCAUUUCCAACGUUUGAGUGCCAUGAUCAAGGGAGCCAAUGUCGCAAUCGGAGGAGAAACGGACUCCCAAGAGAAAUACAUCGCUCCCACAAUCCUCGUCGACGUCAACUCGAAUGACCCCGUAAUGCAGGACGAAAUCUUUGGUCCGAUCCUGCCAAUCAUCAACGUCGACAAUGCAUACGAUGCCAUCCGUUUCAUCAACUCCAGAGAAAAGGCACUCUCGAUGUACAUCUUUAGCAGCAACAAAACUGACACAAAAACUAUUAUUUCUAACACUUCGUGCGGAGGAAUCUGCAUCAACGAUACCUUAACGCAUUAUGCAGUUGAAACACUGCCAUUCGGAGGCGUCGGACCCAGUGGUAUGGGUGCCUAUCACGGAAAGUACUCGUUCGAUACAUUCGUCCACAGGAAAUCGUGCUUGGCAAAGGAUUUCAACCCUAUCGGCGAGAAGCUGGCCUCUUCUCGAUACCCGCCUUACUCGGAUAGCAAGCUGUCCUUCCUGACGACGCUGUUGAAGAAGCGCCAAGGACUGUCGAUGAAGUUCCUGCCAUAUGUGCUGAUGUUCGGUAUCGGAGUGGCAACAACGCUGAUCGUGAGCUCUAUUGUGAAGGACGACGAGUAGACCAGUUUACGCACGUUUCGUCGCUCAAGGAACAGUGUAAACUGUCGAACCCACAAAGAGACUGCAAAACCAUAAACUAUGCUUUAGAACGUUCCGGGUGUUUGUGUACAGUUAUUUGAUAGAUAAUGUUUCAUUCUCAUGAAAUGUUUGUGAUAGAUCCCUCUUGAUACUGCUAUUUCAUACGAAUGGGUAUAGGUUUCAAUGGUACAUUCUAAAGUAGAUUCAAUUUCAAUGACUUAAGCACAUACUCAAACAUUUUAAAGUUCACAAGCGGGAUUAAUACAGGUUAAGUUUUAUUUUAUGUUUUCGUUAGUCAAUUAGUAGGAAACACGCUGCUUCAUCAUGACUGUUACAAAUUGGCGCUAGUUCUGAGUCUCUAGAUUUAAAAAUCAACAAUUAUGCCAAAAAUAGUAAUGGUCAUCAUUUGGAUUCAAAGAAGGGAAAUUUCAAUGUUAUUUGUUAUGCGAUUUAUUAAUGGUAAUUUUUAUAUUCAGAUCUAGUAACUUGAAGGAAUCAAUAAACAUAUGUAUCUUUUAGAAAAAA